UUCCGCUCUCCGGUUGUUUUGGUAGCUAUGACAACGAGCUCUUUCCAGACUUGGUUUAAAUGGCUACGAAAAAGAUUUCCUUCACUGAACCUCACCGAAAGUCUUUGAAAUGUACGGUGUUGUUGGACAUUAACAGAGUCACAUGUCCCGGCGUGGCCUUGUUUAAGAAAGGUGACAUCUACUUCAGUGUUUGCAUCAUGGGACAGUAUCGGAGGACUUCCUGCUUGCCGCCGCGCUUCCCCCUGCAGUUCCAUCAGCGGUUGGUUUUUGAAAAGACUUUCCCUGGCGUUGUUGACCCCGCUGCUGUGGUUGACCUCCUAAAAGCUGACACAACAUAUUUUGAGCUGAUUCAGUUGGCGUUUCCAGAGUCAAAGACCCUUGCCACCUUGGCAGAAAAUAGCAGAUACUUCCUACACCCGGGUCCCACUGUGCCCUCCACUGAAGAUGCUGCACAGAGAGAUGCACACAAUGCAGAAAGAGAUGCACACAAUGCCGAGAGAGAUGCGCAGAUGAUGGCGAAGUCCUCCAGACUUUAUGGAGUCUUGCCCACGGUGGCGUUUUCCGUGAUGUCGUUCAUUGAAGAGUGGGACGAGAGAGACGCCUCACCUAUGGCCCGCCUCUCACCAAAGAAGAAGUCCACAUCUAGACGUUCUCCCUCCCCGCCCUUCUUCCGCCGUAUUUCCCGCAAAUAUGUGGGGCCAGGCUACCAGCAGCCCACUGUCGCCUCCACGGCAAGGGCUCUGUCCCCGUACACCCACCGAAAAAUGUGCCAGCUGUCCAUGGAUGCAGAGCAGAGGCUCAGUCACCUCCAGAUCGGGCCGUACUACUUCAGGAAGGAGACAAAGAGCCAGCCUCCAUUUUUGGUUUCCACUUCCAGCAGUUGGAUGGAAACCUUUCCCUCGUCGCCACAGGGGAGUAGCGUGCACUGCUGCCACGCGGUCAGCUUCUUCGAUGACGACACUGGCGCUCUGGUUGGCCCCUACGGACCCGCAGCACCCAGGCAGGUGGGGACGCGUGCUCUGUGGUCGUCUCCUGGCUCGUCAUUCAGACAAGACCACCUGACCCGAAGUCCUCAGGGAAAGGCCUCCGCCUCGGCUGUGUCUCAGUGCAGAAGCCCUGCGACAUCCAAGCGCUCCCACAGGGAAAGGCUGCCGACCAGUGAGUCCAGUCCAUCAUUCUGGGAGCAGAUCCACAGCCGAGUCCAGAGGAUCCUGCUGACACACGGCGUGUCGUUGGACCCUCAGAGUGACCUUUUAACCCUCUGAUCAGAGCUGAACGUAGCUAAAGCGCAAAUGCUGCAAUUCAAAGCAGACGCUAACACACGCUCACACACACCUUGUUAACCUGCAGACGCCCGUGAGACUCACGCACGCCAUUUCAUCUCCAUUUGAUACUAAUUCCCAUCUCCAACAGGCCCCCCUGCAGGGGUGAUGUUCAAAGCCAAGAGGAGACGUUUUCUUUUUCUUUUUCUCUCUAAAGCUGCGUGUGAAUUCAUGUGGGAAUGAAAAGAGCGGCACGGUGAUGUGUGUGCGUGCACGCGUGGGAAGGAUGUAAGCUGCAGAUCAUCACAGUACAAGAAGGUAGACAAAGGACACAAAGACACUAAAGGAACCCCGAAUGCAAUUUUACACACGAAAUACGUUAUUGGGAAAACGCGUGGCACUAAAAUGGUUUUGUAUGUCAUGCCAUCAUUCAGGAAAUAUUUCUAUUUUGUUUUUUUCAUUCAAUUUUGUCAUCAUAAUCAAAGCAUCUUUUUGUGGGGUCAAAACCCCCACCCAUCCCUUCUUUUAGAACCAAUCAGGUCAUUAUGAUAUGAUGAACCGUUAUUUCAAAACACGGUUUUAGGUUAAAUAUCAUAAAAGUAAAAACAAAUGUCGCCCCUAAAUGCAAACUAUACACUCACGAGGUAUUUGAAUGGAAUGAAAGGAUCCUGAAAUAUAUAAGUGUGUCAUGACAGAACUAACAUGAAAUGGGUUCAAUGUCUUGAUUUGGUUUAUAUUUCACCUUUAAUGGACAAUUCAUGUGGUUAUGUCACAUUUUAAUUAUGUGUGAAUUUACUAUUUAAUGUUAUCUAUUUCCAGUCAUGCGGUUGUACUUUGCUUUAAUGAAGCAUUUUUAUUUAAUGUAUAUAUAAAUAUAUUCAUUUAUAUAUCAGUUUAACGUUUAAAAAUGGACCUCACGGUUGGGGGUUAGGGAGCAGGAUAGGGUUAGGGUUUCAUUAAAUAUAUUUCUUUUGGUCACACUUUACAAUAAGGUACACAAAAAUACAGUAGUCGAACUAAUGAGGAACUAAUGACUAAGGCACAUGCAUAUAGACUAGUAACUGAGGAACUAAUGAGGAACUAAUGACUAAGGCACAUGCAUAUAGACUAGUAACUGAGGAACUAAUGAGGAACUAAUGACUAAGGCACAUGCAUAUAGACUAGUAACUGAGGAACUAAUGAGGAACUAAUGACUAAGGCACAUGCAUAUAGACUAGUAACUGAGGAACUAAUGAGGAACUAAUGACUAAGGCACAUGCAUAUAGACUAGUAACUGAGGAACUAAUGAACUAAUGAGGAACUAAUGACUAAGGCACAUACCUGUAGACUAGUUACUGAGGAACUAUUGAGUACAGUAGUUACCAAGGAACUAAGGCACAUUAAUUUAGGGUAGUUACUGAGGAACUAAUGAGUAACUAAUGAGUAGUAGUUAGGGUUAGGUAGGUUUGUUCCCCAUUAACUACUGUAAUUUUGUGUACCUUAUUGUGCCAAAGUGUUUCUUUUUAAAUAUCACAAAAGUAAAAACACUUGUCACAGGUUGAAAUAUCUAGUGCCUAAAAAGGUCUUUAAAUCAAGGCUACUUGCUCAGAAGGUAUUUUAAUGGAAUCAAACACUCAUUAAAUAAUCCAAAGGUUGUGAAAUGUAGAAAUGGGUCAUGAAAUACAGUAAGUUGGUUAAAUAGGUUUCAUGUAUGAGAUUAGAUUUCACAAUGGAAUCAAAAGACAAUUCAUGCUACUGCACAUUUUAAUCGCUUCAAUUAUUUAGCCGUGAGCUUCUACUUUGCUUUCAUGAAUGUGAAAAAAAUUAUUCAUUGCAAAAUGGGCCCCACCCAUCUCACUUGUGAAGAUAGUAUUACAUAUUUGGAUUAUCUUCAACUGUCUGUUUAUUAUUUUUAUACAAUAUAGUAUAUAUGUUUUUAUUGAAAUAUCACAAAAUAAUUGCCAUGGAUUGUAUUGAAGUUUGUAGUUUUCAGUGCCCAAAAGAUGCCUUUACAUGAAAUGUAUGUCACAUAUUGACAGUGUUGUAGAGAAAAAUAAAAGCACAGAACAUCUGCCAAGAAAUGCACCCUUUAACGUCAGGAAGCAGGACUACUCAAGUACAUUUACUUUAAAAUGAAGGUUGCCUUGCUGUCAAGUCUGAGACAUGUUUUGCUUUGAAAAGUAGACCAGCGUGUCAACAUGAUUGACAAUGAAUGCCCCUUAAUGCUCAGCCGUGUCCAAAUAUAAAACAAAACACAAAGUAUUGUCUUUAAACAAAGUGUUCACAUAUUUAUGUUCAUGUACAAGAAAACGUGACGCUUUGUUUCAUUUGUAUUUGAAUGCGUGUGAAUGAUUUCUGUGCAGCUUUAAAUCUCAUCCAUCCAUUUUCUCCACAUUUGCGUCGCGGGGGUACGCAGGAGCCUAUCCCAGCUGACUUCGGGCGACAGGCUUUAAAUACAUGGAAAAUAAAAUAGCUUACGACUAAUAGCCAACAUUGCCCAUGGCAUAACUGACACCUCCACGCAGUCUCACUUUGGGACUUUCGAUUUCUUAUGGAAUUGGUUCUUCUUGUACUUGUGCUUUCCCGCUGCCUGGGCUGCUUUCUCGGCCAUGAUGUCCUGGUACUUCUUCUUGUUUUUGCUGAAAAAACAGAGAGAUGAGGCCGCCAUUUUCAUCUUCAGUGAUGUUUAGAUUGGAUGACCUUCCCAGGGUUCUAUUUUCACCAGAGUUCCGGCGUGAACUUCAGUGUUUGCACUUACUGUCUGAACUCCGCAUCAGCCAGCAGCUCCUCCACCAUGGUCCUCUUCCUCUGCUUCUUGGGUAAGCGGGAAUGAUAGAAGUCCACCGGGUUGUCCACCACAGUGCCCACCUGCAUCCCCACAGAGUUUAAUGACAGUGUUUGACAGGUAAACACACACACACACACGACUCAGUGUUUUAUCACGCACCUGAAAGUACUUGGGGAACCCAUCUCGGUCAUUCUUCUUAUAGAACCUCU